CAGUUUCAAGAAGACCUUAAGCGCCUUGCAUAGACCGGCCUCAGGCUCUUCUUGACACGAGUGAGCCACUCGUUGUCGACUCGCAAUUUGGUAACGUUGCUUAGCAGCCCGUCCCAGCCACCUGUCAAUUUGUGGCUGAAUUUACGACUGCUGCCCAACCUGAUCAUCGUUCCGGGGAAAAAAAUCAAUACAUCGCGACCCGACGCAAGACUGUAGCAGACACUUGUGCAUUGUAAGACAGACAUACCAUGCGACGAGACAACAACCGCAACUGGAGCUUGAUCGUGGCGUUAGCUGGCCAACUUAUCGAGACCGUCGGCGGCUGAGCCAAUGGCGAGUGAGCAGCGGCGAAGCAACUCUCGCGCAUUAAGUCGCGUGCGCGAUAUCCGACCAGGGAAGAGGAUUGUAUUAUGCGAAGACGGGACAUGGUUGAACUCUAGUAGCGACAGCCUCAAGAACAGUCUCGCUAUCCCCAGCAACAUCACCCGCAUCUCCAGAGCUAUCAAACCCGUCAGCUCGGAUGGUAUACAGCAGAUUGUAUAUUACCAUUGGGGAGUUGGGGCAGGUGGCGGUAUCACGAAUAAGCUUCUUGGCAUUUCUGGUGAAGGUCUAGCACAGAUUGUCCGCGAAGGGUAUACUUUCAUCGCCAAUAACUACCAGCCUGGAGAUGAGAUUUUUAUCUUUGGGUUUUCUCGAGGCGCAUUCAGUGCCCGCAGCAUAGCAGGUCUUAUUGGCGACGUGGGAGUGCUGACAAAGGAUGGCUUGCCUUAUCUUGCUGAGAUUUUCCGGGAUACCCAACACCAACAUGAUCCGGACUACGUGCCGAAGCACCCAGAUCUCCCAUUUCCCAACAAGCCGCCUGCUUCAAGUCCGGAGUACAGGGAGGAAUUGGCCCGGCGGCGCUUGACGAAUCCCGAAGUCCCCGUUCGAGUAAUAGGCGUGUGGGAUACCGUAGGAAGUCUAGGAACGCCAAAGAUAGGAUGGCUUACUCGGCUGGGUCUGCAAUCUGCUACGAUGAAAGAGUUGUCAUUCUACGAUACAUCUCUUGGCAACCAUAUCGAGUAUGCUUUCCAGGCCUUGGCACUGGACGAAAGACGAUUCGCCUUCCCGCCGACGUUAUGGGAGAAGUUCGAAGACAACACCACUGUAUUGCGCCAAGUAUGGUUUCCGGGAGCGCAUAGCAAUGUCGGCGGAGGCUAUGAUGAUCAGCAGAUCGCCACUAUCAGCUUGGCCUGGAUGAUGGCACAGUGCCAACCUUUCCUAGACUUCGAUCUCGAUUACGUACACGAACAGUACGAGGAUGUGGAGGACUACUACGAGAAAACUGAUCAAAAAUCGCGAAGGUGGAGCUUUGGAAAAAUCUUCAGUGGCAUGGAAGGAGUCUAUGCGCUUGGCGGAAGCAAAAUCAGAACGCCUGGACGCUAUACUGCUGUUGAUCCAACAAAUGGUCGUCAGACAGACGACCCCCUUAUGGAGACCCACGAAUACAUUCAUCCUUCUGUGCGCGCGAGAUACAAGUUGCGAGGACCAGGACUGAACGACAGAGGAGAUUACGACUGCAGAGCAAUGCAAGAUUGGAAGCUCGUAAUUGAGUCGCCCGAGGAUGGCGCUGCAAAGCGCCCUAAUAUCUUUUGGAAAGCACGAGAUCGACCUGCAGAUGGCUUUGUGAAAGUCUUGCCUGAAGCACCACUUUGGCAGUUGGAGACAGAAAUUCUUGGAUAUGAUCGUGAGACGGAAGAGUAUGUUAUGCGGCCGAGCGCGGUGAAGCAGGGGAGGAGGAAGAGUUCGAGAAGGACUGGCAGUCGCGUGAUAUCACCUGCGAGGAGUCCGAGAGGGGGAGGCAGUCGGGCGAUAUCGCCUGUGAGAAGUCCGCGGGAGAGGGUCGUGUUUGAAGAGAGAGUCGAGGAGCGCCAGAGAGAUGGGAGUCGCAUGCCUUCUAUGUCGAGAGGAAGGCGAGAGAGGGAUCUGGAAGAAGUCAGUUCGCCUGGGAGAAGAAGUUCGAGGUACAGGUAGAGCGACAAAUGCUCGGUGCAAACCGUGUCGUCAGUCAAAUCGAAGGCUCUGCGCGGCGCGUCUUCGCGUGUAUGUUUGCUCGAUGUGACGCGCGCACAGACCGCUGGAGCAGAGCUCGAGUGCUUCUCAAAGCUUCGACGGACAAAGUAAGCUGCACAGCACAUCGACUUCGACCAACAGCGAGAUCGCGGACAUGGCCUCCGAAGAUGGCGACGUUCAGAUCGUGCCGGACAGUCAAUUUGUGCUCUCGUGUGAGAACG